AUGAUCACACUACCACGCCCCCGCAACCCACCAUAUCGCACUCCCACACCCAAGAACAGCCCGCCACCUGACCAAGAUGCUUCACCCAAGCGCAAGAGGACCGAGCAGUCGCAGGUGAAUCCAGUUCCUUUGUGUGUGAACACUGCGACUCAACGGGAGCUCACGCCUGAAACUGGAGCGAAUAGUCCGAGGACGAAGGUGGCGGAGAGGUUUCAGGAUUUGGAUUUGGAUCUUCGACAUGUGUCAAGCCAGGAUGGAGAGCUAUUAACGGGUAGUUCGCAGUCGCCGAGGAAACGAGUGAAGAGGAAUCCUCACUUGAGGGAGGUGUAUGCGAGGGGCGAGGAUGUGCGGACGCCGGGGAGUGGUGGGGUUGGGGUGUUGGAGGUGGCGGAGACGCCGACAGCGCAUGAGAUGGAGAGUGCUAUGUCUUCCUCAUCACCGGCCUCGCCUACGACAGCUUUAAAGGGCUUCCAAAACCCUCCUCUAGAGCCCUCACGCGUUCCAUCCUCGAGUCCACCCUUCAAAAGACGUCUCUCCCCUCCACCCUUCCAACCGCCCUCACCUCCCACCUCCGCUUCCACUUCCACAACCGCAGCAACAGCAACAGAACCUCCCAUCCCGAACUCCUCCACCUCCGAAGACCAGGACCUCGCAGCUCUCACCUGGCAAGAAUCGGAAAUCACCGGCCACGAAAUCGACGUGACGUCUCCGGACGAUGAUGGAGAGGGGAUCAACGGGAUUGGGUUCCGGCCUACGGCGGCGAUUGCCUAUGCGAGGAGUCAGAAGCGAAGGAAGGCGGUGGAGGAGUGGAAGGCCAGAGAGGCGAGGGAGGCGAGGCAGAGGAGGAUGAAUAGGAGGAGGGGUGGGUCGAGUGAUCCGGUCGUGGAGGGGGAGGGGGAAGGGGAGGCGAGGAGGAGUGUCAGGUUUGUGGGCGUUGGGUAG